UGAAUAGUACGAUUGUAAUAUUUAAAGCGACGACGACUUUGAUCAAUGCGUGGAUCUACCAUCAACAACGCCGUAAGGGAGGUCAUCGUCUCUGUACCACCCAACGAUCGACGGUUACAAAUUAGGUUUUUGCGCGACCAACUAGUGCCUGUCGCAGAUCUGCCUGAAAAUUUUUCUGGGCGCCGUAUAUUAUGGUUGGCCGCAUCUCUACCGUCUCCCUCACGAUAGAAAAGGAAACUAAGAAUCAUGGGACUAAGGAAGGUACCGCAGACUUUGAAAAGGCCAUGGAGAUAUGCGGAAAUGGAAAGUAUCAAUACACUUUCCUGCUGGUUUGCGGUGUGAUGUUCAUGUGCUUUGCUUUUCAAUAUGGAGCAAACGCAUAUAUCCUGCCGGCAGCCGAAUGCGAUUUGAACAUGAGAUCCGAAGAGAAAGGUCUACUAAACGUCGCCUUUCUUAUAGGUUCGGCGUUGAGCGCUUUUUUCUGGGGAGUUUUCGCGGGCGUCUACGGAAGAAGAAAUAUCCUGCUGAUAAAUCUCUUCUCUGACAGUAUUGUUACGUUGAUCGCGAGUUUCUCACAAAGCUUUAAGAUGCUCCUAAUAUGCAGAAUCAUAAAUGGAUUCUUUAUUGGUGGACCCGGCUCUCUAGUGUAUCCGUAUGUCGGCGAGUUUCACGCGGAAAAACAUAGAGCAAGGAGUAUCUGUUUCCUGGGCUUGUUCCUCACUUUUGCUUGGUUAAUAUUAACCGGUUUAGCAUGGGCCAUUAUACCAUUGUCGAUAUCUCUCGAUUUCUACGGUAUUCGGUACAAUUCCUGGAGAUUAUUCCUCGGCGUUAUCAGCUUGCCAUCUUUCGCCAUUGCCGUUGUAAUCCUGAUGUAUCCGGAAAGUCCGAAAUUUCUGGUAUCGCAAGGCAAGACCGACGAGGCUCUCGCAAUUCUCCGGACGAUCUACGCGGUGAACACCGGACACGAUAAAAGAGAGUUUCCAGUGAAGGAACUCCUCUCCGACGCCGUAUUCAAAGUAGAAAAGAACAAGGCACCAUUGUCCUCGUUAGAUAAACUGGCGGAAUUAUUGAAAAAUAUUUGGUGGCAAUUGCGCACCGUUACAUCACCACCUCUUUUAAAGUAUGCUUUGCUCUUGUGGACGAUUUAUUCUACAAACAUGUUUGCAUACUACGGCUUUAAUCUCUGGCAGCCGGAAUUGUUCAAUCGUUUCGAGAACUAUCACCAUUCGCAUCCGAAUGCAUCCGCGACAGUCUGCGAGUUGAUAUACGAUACUCAGACAUCAAAUCAUACUAUUUCAGAAGAGUUUCUUUUGACAAACGAAGUUACUACGGUUUGCAAACCUCACAUAGAUGAGCGAGUGUUCACUAACUCUUUGACGGUCAACAUCGUUUGUCUGUUCGGCAAUGUCGCUUCUGUGUAUCUAGCAAAUCGAGUUGGUCGUCGAACAGUACCAGUGAUCACGAUGCUGAUGACUGGCGUCGCUGGUUUCGGUGUCUACUUCGUGAGGUCUUCGCUGCAGAUCCUCAUAAUUGCGUGCAUGUACUCCCUAAUGGUGGCCAUGGCAAAUUUCAUGAUUUCUAGCGUUGCGAUCAAUAUCUUUCCUACGCACGUGUCCGCUGCUGCGGUGUCCAUGAUGGUGUGCCUGGGAAGAUUUGCUGCGAUGGCGAUUAAUCUCGCGUUUGGCAUGCUGCUUGAUAUCAGCUGCGAGAUCCCAAUAUUUUUGCUAGCUGGUGUCUCUACAUUUGGCGGAUUAUUGUGUUUCCUGAUACCGAGCAAGAAAAGAAGGUUUCAUCGGCGUCUCUGUAUUACCCACGAUAGUUCGCAGAUUAAGCUUCUCCGCGAUCGACUGGAUUGGUGCCUGCUAAAGAUCCGCUGCCGUCCUGGAAAUUUUUUAGAACGCAUUAUGGUCAGCCGCAUCUCCACCGUCUCCCUUGCGAUAGAAAAGGAGACCAAGGAUCAUGGGACUAAUAAGGAAGGUGCGGACUUUGAGAAGGCCAUGGAAAUAUGUGGAAAUGGAAGGUAUCAAUACACUUUUCUGCUCGUUUGCGGCGUGAUGUUUAUUUGCGUUGGAAGCCAGUAUGGAGCAAACGCAUAUAUUCUACCAUCAGCCGAAUGUGAUCUGAACAUGAGAUCUGAGGAGAAAGGAUUGCUGAACGUCGCCUUUUACCUAGGGACAGCAUCCAGCGCUUUCUUCUGGGGAGUCUUCGCGGGCGCCUACGGAAGAAGAAUUAUGCUACUGAUAAGUCUCUUUGCUGACAGUAUCGUUACGCUGAUCGCGAGCUUCUCGCAAAGCUUCACGGUGCUGCUAGUAUUCAGAGUCAUAAAUGGAUUUUUAAUGGGCGGACCCGGCUCUUUGGUGUAUACGUACCUUGGUGAGUUUCACGCGGAAAGAUACAGAGCGAGAAGCAUCUGCUUCCUAGGCUUUUUCUUCACUUUCGCUUGGGUAUUAUUGGCUGGUUUGGCAUGGAUAAUCAUACCGUUGCCGAUAUCCCUUGAGUUCUUCGGCAUUCGGUACAAUUCCUGGAGAUUGUUUUUCGGCAUUAUCAGCCUGCCAACUUUCGCUAUUGCCGUCGUAACCUUAACGUAUCCGGAAAGUCCAAAAUUUCUGAUGUCGCAAGGCAAGACCGACGAGGCUCACGCGGUUUUUCGAGCAAUCUACGCGGUGAAUACCGGACGCGAUAAAAAUGAGUUUCCACUUCAGGUGGACGAACUUCUCUCCGACGCUGCGUUUAAAGUAGAAAAAAAUAAGGCAUCGUCGGAUGUGCUGACGGAAUUGAUGAAAAAUAUUUGGUGGCAAUUGCGCACCAUUGCAUCACCACCUCUUUUAAAGUAUGCUUUGCUCUUCUGGAUGAUUUAUUUCACAAACAUGUUUGGAUAUUACGGCUUUACUCUUUGGCAACCGGAAUUGUUCAACCGCUUCGAGAACUAUCAACACACGCAUCCAAAUUCAUCCGCGACAGUCUGCGAGCUGAUAUACGAUACUCAUACAUCAAAUCAUACUGAUCCGGAGGAGUUUCAUUUGACAAACGAAGUUACUACGGAUUGCGAACCUCGCAUAGAUGAGCGAGUAUUUACUAACUCUUUAACGAUCAACAUCGUUUGCCUGCUCGGCAAUAUCGCUUCUGGGUAUCUAGCAAAUCGAGUUGGCCGUCGAACGAUGCCAGUAACCACGAUGAUGAUGGCUGGCAUCGCUAGCCUCGGUAUCUACUUCGUGAGAUCCUCGCUGCAGAUUCUCAUAACCGCGUGCUUGUUCACUGUGAUGGCGGCGACGUCGAAUUUCGUGAUUUCCAGCAUUGCGGUCAGCGUCUUUCCUACGCACGUGACCGCCGCCGCGGUGUGCAUGAUGUUGUGCCUAGGAAGGUUCGGCGCGGUGGCGAGUAAUCUGGCAUUCGGCAUGCUACUGGAUCUCAGCUGUGAGAUCCCGAUAUUUCUUGUGACCGGUACCUCUGUAUUUGGCGGAUUGUUAUGUAUCCUGAUACCGAGCAUGAAAAAGAAAUAAACGUCGACAUUCGAAGAAAACAGACAUAAUAAAUGUGAAAGAAGAAUAAUUUAAAGUGUCAAACACGGUGUUUUGUGUUAUGUCUUUUUUUUAUCAGAUGCGCGGUUUGUGAAAGGUCUGGAAUAUGAGAAAGUAUAAUGAUCUGUAAAUAAUAAUUAUAAGGAUCGCUCGUUAAGCGUUCUCGGUUUAUUUGACAUUGCACUCGUAAAGAAAUCUAUGGGCCUUUCAUAAUUUCAUUGCGUGUUUUGUCAAGACGUUUAAUGAAAUUAUAUUGCACAACGACUUAUUUUUGAUUAAUAGCAAAUUUGUUGUUUAGUUACUAAGAAUUAAAUAACAAACUUUUUCUUAGCAAUCAUAGCUUAAUAUUGGCUCGUCAAUGACGAUCUGAUUUCAUUGAUCGAUGAUAUAUUCCACAUCGUUUUAUUACGAUCUGCACUUUGUGCGCUUAUUAAUCAAGUCAUUUGUAAAUAAUUAUUUUGUUACAUGUGCGUCGAAAGUGAUCCCUUUUGUGUCACUUUUUUCAGUCAAUUAAUACUAUUUUAUUAAAACACUCUACACAUAUUAUAAUAUACAUAUUUAUUAACAUAAUAAAAUACAUUCAUUUUUUAGAUGUCAGUUCUUAAAUUUUUCCAUGUAUCUCUUUUACUGCUUUUAUUUCACGAAACCUUUUAUAGUAAAUAUGUUAAAAAAAAAUAAAAAUAAAAUAUAUAAA